AGAAGAAAUCUGACCCCCGAAACUAUCCAAAUAAGAUUGAGGCAUGUUAGACAAUAUGGAAACCAAGGAUUAAACACUGAUAAUAUCGUUAAUUUCCUCAAAGAUAACUUAACCAAAUAUAGCCCUCACCAUUUAAGAAAUUUGCGAAAUAGUUUGGCUUCUCAUGCUCGCUUUCAAAAGUCGGAAACGGAAAAGAAACAAGCCGAAGCCAAAAUGCAGGAAAUCAAUGAGGCUUAUACUUUUCUAUCUGAUGAAAAAAAGAGAAGACUUUACGAACAGCAUGAGAUAAAAGAAGGUAAAGUAGGAAUAAAAGAAAUAAAAGAUAGGGAAAAAGAUGAGUUUAUUGAAGAAGUGAAAAGUUCAAAACAUUUUUUUGACCCCGAUGAGUUUAACGGACACCUCAAAAGAACUCUCAAAAAGGCUGAAAUGCUUAAUGAAAGAAAGAAAAAUCUCAUUGACCAAGAAAAGAAUAAUUUUCUCCAACAAUUAAAAAAUUUGGCUGGUUGGGACCUGCUUGGUGAGGAACGUCAAGACGAGAUUAUUGAGGAAGUGAAAAGAAAUAGAACUACCGACCAAUUUUCGGACGUUCUGGAAAUGACGAAAAAAGAAAUAGCGAAAAUAAAGGGCGGUAAUGAAAAUGAUACAAAUUAUCUGAAAACGGCUGCUAAUCCGAAUGAAUUACAAAGUCGCGAAAGAGAAAUAUUAGAUGUCAUUCGUGCUGCCCGCCGGCAAAAAGUCUUAAGUGAGGCUAUUCAAAAAAUUAAAAAUGCUUUGAACCAGCAGCCGGUCAUUAAAAAUGGAGAAUUAAGAGAAAUCAAACAAAAAAGAGCCAAAAAAGAAAUCACUG